AUGGAAUCAAGAUUAGGAAAUAUUAUAAUUAAAAGAGUGUCAGAAGAAGACGUAAUUGAGAGGGAGAGAUUGAUUCCAGAGCAGUUGAAGCAAUUCAGGGGCAGCCUUUCUGUGCAUCAGGUUCUUUGGAACAUGUUCAAACCUAAAAUUACUGUGAGAAAUACGGGUUGCUUCUUAUGUGACGCUGGUGAAAUUUGCUCCCAUGCUAAGCAUGUGGGUUACAUCAACAAUAUGUCCGCUACAAAUCAGGAGGACGACUUCGAUUCUUGUGUAGUUACCCUGGCAAAUACUAAGCGCAAAUCCAAAAAUGAAAACGAAAUUUAG